AAUUCAAUUCUCGUGCAAUGCGGUGAAAUCUUGUUGCAUUUUCUAUGAAAAAGUGAAAUCUCAUCUGUAUUUAUUCUAGUUAGUGAACAAAGAUCAUCCAUUUAUCAACAAUGGCCCAACCGGAAAUAGAAAAAUUAUCUCUAAAAGAGAUCUACACGUCUGAUAAAAGAGGCAGCGAUGAGACGGGAGAUGGGUCUGAAGACAAGCCGUUCAAGACCAUUCUCCAGGCGAUGCGGCACGCCGGCAAAGAACCAUUUCCUACCAUCUACGUCGACGCGAAAGAAGAAGGAAAGGUGUAUGAAGUAGCCGCUAAAUCUCAACUGAAGAAAAUCCAGAAGAUCUGGGUCCGCGAGAACUACAAGGCCGCGGACAAGGCCAAGGCCGAGGAGGACUCCAAUGACAAGAGGCAACAGAACAUGGAGGAGGCCAAGAAAAUUGUCAUCAAAGAAGACCCAAGUUUGCCAAAAGCUAAAGUUGUGAAGAUCUAUGAAACGGAGAACAACCGAGGCACCCGCAUCUGCGUCCGCGGCUGGGUGCACCGCCUGCGCCGACAGGGCAAGUCCCUCAUGUUCCUGACCCUGCGCGACGGGACCGGCUACCUGCAGUGCGUGCUCAACGGCCUGCUCUGCCAGACUUAUAACGCCCUGGUACUUUCGCCGGAGUCGUCGGUGACGCUGUAUGGGAAAUUGGAGGUGGUUCCGGAGGGGAAGACGGCGCCUGGCGGGCACGAGCUGUCGGCGGACUACUGGGAGCUGGUGGGGCUGGCGCCGCCCGGCGGGGCCGAGUCCAUCCUCAACGAGGAGGCCUUGCCCGACGUGCAGCUCGACAACAGGCACAUAAUGAUCCGUGGCGAGAACACUUCCAAAGUGCUGCGGGCUCGCGCACUAGUCACCAAGGCGUUCCGUGAUCACUUCGCCUCGCGUCACUACACCGAGGUGUGUCCGCCGACACUAGUGCAGACCCAGUGCGAGGGAGGCAGCACGCUCUUCAAGUUCAGCUACUUCGGCGAGCAGGCGUACCUCACGCAGAGCUCGCAGCUGUACCUGGAGACGUGUCUGCCGGCGCUGGGAGACGUGUACUGCAUCGCGCAGUCGUACCGCGCCGAGCAGUCGAGGACCCGGCGCCAUCUUGCUGAAUACAGCCACGUGGAAGCGGAAUGCCCCUUCAUUUCCUUCACUGAUCUACUGGAUCGCCUUGAAGACCUGGUGGUGGACGUGGUGGAGCGCGUGCUCGCCAGCGACGAGGGCAAGGCUCUAGUUCACGAUCUGAACCCUAACUUUAAGAAACCGGAGCGUCCGUUCAAGCGCAUGGCGUACACGGAGGCCCUCGAAUGGUUGAAGACCAACAACGUCACCAAGGAGGACGGAUCUUUCUACGAGUUUGGAGAUGACAUCCCCGAGAUGCCGGAACGCAAGAUGACCGACGCCAUCGGAGUCCCAAUCCUUCUAUGCAAGUUCCCCGCGGAAAUCAAGUCGUUCUACAUGCCGCGCUGCGCGGACGACCGCCGGCUCACCGAGUCCGUGGACGUGCUGGUGCCGGGCGUGGGCGAGGUCGUGGGCGGCUCCAUGAGGAUAUGGGACCACAAGGAGCUCAUGGACGGCUACAAGCGCGAGGGCAUCGACCCCACCCCGUACUACUGGUACACAGACCAGCGCAAGUUCGGCUCCGUCCCGCACGGCGGCUACGGGCUGGGGCUCGAGCGGUUCCUGUGCUGGCUGCUGGACAGACACCAUAUUAGGGACGUGUGUCUGUACCCGAGGUUCUUGGAGCGGUGCACGCCUUAGGCGGGUUUGGAGGGGCGUUUCUUCUGACGGUGUAAGGUUAUAGUGUUUGUGUGUGGCAGCACUAAGGGUUUUUGGAUGCAGAAGUGGAAAGAGGAUGUCUUCAAUUGUAUCCGUGCGUGGCACGAUUAGUACUAUUUAUCAACUGUCAGAAGAAACGCAAAACAUCGUAUAAUAUUAUUGCCAAUAGAACACUUAAUUCAGUAGGAUUAUCCCUACUUUCGAGCAAUUCAGUUGACAGAAUUUGAAAUAUUUUAUAAUCUAUUGGCAUCUUUAGAAAGCAUAAGACAAUUUGGAUGAGGCAGGCUAAAAAGAAAUGUGCUACUUUAUUUUAGCUCGUCAGUAUAAAAUAAUUUAUACAUCCAUGUUAGCUUUUAAGCAAUAAUUUAUGUAUUUACUGUUGGAUUAAGCAUUUAAUUUGCAUUUUGUACAUUUGCCGUUAAGUUACAGGAGUAAUAAAAUAUUUAUGCUUUCAA